UGGAGAUGGCGCACCUGGUGACGAAGACCAGUAUCCUGCUCCUGUGCCUCUGGACACUGUCCUGUGCUUAUCCGACAACCCGUGAAGGUGGCAACUGUAACAGCUCUGAAGAAGAAUGGUUGGACAACUUUAUCCGGACGACACCGACACCAGUGCCUACCACUGAGUCAGAAGAAGACAUUAGCGAGAGCUCGUCAGAGGAAGAAGACGAAGAUUCCCGAGAGGCUUCCGAGAGCCUGGAAGGCCACGAUGAGCAUGAAAUUAUAUAUGGACCUGACAGCGAGAGGAAAUAUGAGAAGGAUGACGAUGAGGAUGAUAGCGGAGACGAUACCUUUGGUGAUUUUGACAGUGGCGCCAAGCAGGAAGGACAGAGAGGAAAGGACUCGGCUGACACCCAUCCCUCCGGGGAAGACAGUCACCAGGACACCACCAGCGAGAGCAAAGACCUUGGCAAGGCAGCCGAGAAGCCUCAGGCGGCUGACCAGACAGAGGACAGCGACAGCGACAGUGUGGAACCAUGGGGGACCGAUGGCCUCCAGGUGAACAAAAAGCAUGACAAACGCGUCCUUGUCAAAAAGAACAGGGUGGCCAAGAAGCCUCAGGAGGAUGACCAGACAGAGGACAGUGACAGUGUGGAGCCAUGGGGGUCUGAUGGCCUCCAGGUGAGGAAAAGAUAUGACAAACAUGAGGACCUCGGCCAUGAGGACACGACCAGCAACAAGCCUCUGGCAGGGGACUCCACCCAGGACAGUGACAGUGUGGAGCCAUGGGGGUCCGAUGGCCUCCAGGUGAGGAAAAGAUAUGACAAACACGAGGACCUCGGCCAUGAGGACACGGCCAGCAGCAAGCCUCGGGCGGGGGACUCCACCCAGGACAGUGACAGUGUGGAGAUGUGGGGGAGGCUCGGCCCCAUGCAGCUCAGGAGCUACGGGCACGAGGAGCAGGUGAUGCUGAGUGACGAUCCGAACAGCGUGGGGAGUGAGACAAGCGAUUCCAGAGUGGACAGCGCCAGUGUGGAGUCAGAAGGGUCACGGGCCAGGAGCGACGAGCGUGCGAGCACCCAGGAUUUCGGGGGGAGCCGCUCCGUGGCCUAUUCCAGCAGGAAGUUCCUCAGGAAGUCCCGUAUUUCUGAGGAGGAUGUCAGAGGCGGGCCGGACGACAGCAACACAAUGGAACACUCCCAGAGCGACUCCGCAGACAGCACCCGCUCGACAGAGUCCAGCCCCAGCCGGUCCGGGGAGGACAGCAGGAGCGACUCUCAGGAGUCCCCGGAAGACAGCCGGGACCAGCGGGAUUCCAGCAGUGAGCCAGAAGAAGACAGCAGCGAGUCCGAGGGAGACACGGCGAGCGAGUCCCGGGGCGAUAACCCAGACCCGACUGGCCGCUCGGACAGCCAGGGAGACAGUGAGUCCAGCCAAGAGGACAGCUUUGACACCGCCUCCAACUCAGAGAGCGCCACCACGGAGGAGCAGGCCGACAGCAGCUCCCGGGAGAGCUCCCGGGACUCCGAGCACAGCUCCGAGUCCACAGGGGAGGAGAACAGCUCUAGUCAGGAGGGCUUCCAGUCGGAGAGCGCCUCGGCGGCCAGCCCGAGCGAGGAGAGCCAGUCGGAGGGCAGCGAGUCUCGGGACAGCAGCCAGUCCAAGGGCGACAGCAACUCCACCGAGAGCCAGUCCAGCAGCGAGGAGGCCCGGUCCAAGGCCGAGAGAGAGAACAGAAAGCUGACGCUGGACGCGUAUCACAACAAGCCCAUCUGGGAUAAAGACGACAACGAUUGCCAGGAUGGCAACUAGCCUCGGUUUCUCGAGACUCGGUGCUCCCAUCAAGGAGUCCCCGGGGAUUGGAGAGUAGGAAGUCAGAACUAUAAUUUAUUGAUGUUUCGGUGAGAAGGACGAUCAGAGGCCAUUUCUUUUUUGAAUGCAAAUGCUGGAGGUUCUAGGUCUUUCUAGGGCAUGGCCACUCAUGGGGGUUUAUAUAACAAGGAGCAGUUCUAGAACAUACUCCCUAGGACUAGAUUCCAGGAAAAACGUGCAUUGUAGCUAAACGUUCCUCACUCAUUAACCUAGCAGUUACGGAGACCCUCUGAUGCACCAGACGCCUUGCUAGGUGCUGGGAAUAUAGAGUUGUCUUGUUUCUUGCUCCUGAGGAACUUAUAGAGCAUAAGUAAAGCUAAGGUACUACAGACAAAUAUGCGGGAAUGAGAAAAGGACCAUUACACUCCAUUGUGGUGAACACAUUAAUAGAGGUAUGAACAAAACACACGGGAACACAAGAGAGGAGAUCAAAUUUGCUUGGGAGGUCAGGGAGGGCUUCAUAGCAGAAGAUACUAGAAUCAGAAGCCUGCAGGGGAUUCCUUCAUUGGACAUAAGAGAAUGAUUUCUUUUUGUAUAAGCAAUGGUAAAUUCUAUAUGAUUACAUAUUUGAUUUGAGCAAGUAUUCUCAAAGUAUGGCACUCCAAAGUGCUUUUUUUAAAAACAAAUUUUCUUUUUCAAAAAGUUUUUUGUUGUGUGUAAAUUUCAUGAACAUUGCC